UUUUAGCCUAAAAACAUUCUAAAAUCCCGCUCUACACCAACUCUCAGUCUCCCACCCACCUCCCACGAAUUCCUUUAACGGUUGGAAUUCAAUGGCGUGGAAAGAGGAGGGAGAGGAAAGAGAAACACUGACGUGGUUACCGGAUCUUCUUCAACCCGACCUUCAACCGCAUUCCUUCACCGGGUAUCCCGAUUCUCGCCGCCUCUCUUUCACGAACCCUAGAAGCCUUGACGUAUUCUCGGAGGAUUCGUUGGUCACUCCUCACCUUUGCUUUGAUAAUUUAGUUGGAGAAAUUUCACCAGCUUUGUGGGUUUGGGAUGAUUUCGUGGAUGAGCUCCCAGUUGCUGGACAAAAUGGAGAACUCUUAGGGGAAACAUACAUUUCGUUCAACAAACAGACAGGGCUAACUAAAUGGAGCAGAUUCAGCUUGGUGUUCCAAUAUUUGGACAAAUAAAAUAUGAGACAACCCCUCAACAUCAAAAGACUAUAUCGAUGGUGACUGCCGUCUCCAGGCUUCAAAGACAAGUUUAUGGCUGGUAUAUAUCCUAAUUAAUGUUGAUACUCUUCUCUAAAUUAAGCUAUGUAUUGUGCUAUAUACUAUAUUUCUAUAAAUUGUUUAUUUGUCUACUUGAUGUGUACUUCUCGUAGCGGUAAUGUUAACUUUGUAUUUACGUUGUCUUGUGCAUUUGUGACUAUGUCCUACAUUCUC